AUGAAGUUCGCGAAGAGCUCCAGCCUUCUCCUCCUGGGUCUCGCAGGGUCGGUCCUCGCAGACUGGACCGACGCACCCGCACCCGUCGAUGGCGCGACCACUACCUCUUCAUGGGCCAAGCCCAGUGGCGAUAUUGUGGUGACCGUCAAGACCACCGUCACCCGUACCAAGACCAUCACAGCUGCCAGCUGCGGUUGCACAACAACUGGCCUGGGCGGGAAGCAACUGAUCCUCCGCCCUGGCAUCCCCGGUAGCAUUAUCGGCACGGACGGCGAAGUCUGGACUUGGCCUAACGCUGCUCCAAGUGAGACUGUGCCCACAAACGUAGCCGCUCCCACAUACUCCGGCUGGGGUGAUGUGCCGGGCGGCCCGCAACCAGGUGACGACAAGUCGAACUGCACCAAGCCCUUCCCACCUCUCAAGGAUGGUCAGUGCCCAGACAAUACCCCUGCGGACCGCUCAAAGUGGUGCGGAUACAGCACCUCCACCGACUACUACAAUGACGGCCCAAAGACUGGCAAGAUCUGCGCUUACGACUGGGUCAUCACCAACACUACUCUGGACUUCGAUGGCGUUCCUCGUCUGGCUUUGGCCAUCAACGGUCAGGUCCCAGGUCCUCUUGUUGAGUGCAACUGGGGUGAUACCAUCCAGAUCACCGUUACCAAUAAGCUGCAGAACAACGCCACGUCUAUCCACUGGCACGGUAUCAUUCAGAAGGGUACUAAUGACCAGGACGGUGUACCCGGCGUCACUGAGUGCGCUCUUGCUCCUGGUGAUACCCGUACCUACACGUUCGCUGCCAGCCAGUACGGCACCGGCUGGUAUCAUUCCCAUGCUCUUGCUCAGCUAGGCGAUGGUGUCCGUGGCCCCAUGAUCAUCCACGGCCCUGCUACAGCCAACUACGAUCUUGACAUGGGCCAUGUUAUGAUUGACGACCUCUUCGGCAACGGCACAAACGUCGUGACUGCUGCUGCUCAAGAUGCUCGCAUCGCUCACUUCGGCCCUGGUCCUACCUGGAACUACAUGCUCAACGGCCACAACACUUUCCCAGAUCUCUCCCGUGGCAAGCACGCCCUGUGGAAGAACAUGUGGUCCGUCCAUUUCGACAAGCACACGAUGACUGUCAUCGCAACCGACUACGUCCCAAUCAAGCCAUACAAGACUGAAUGGCUCAACAUUGCCAUCGGUCAGCGCUACGACGUGAUUGUCGAGAUGAACCAAUCUCCUGGCAACUACUUCCUCCGUGCUGUCACCCAAACCGGCUGCCCAUCCGGCUGCGUCAACACUGGCCUCGGCUCCGCCAACGGCAUCAUCCAGUACGAUGGCACCCCAUUGACCCUCCCAGUCUCGGACUUUGGCAACAAGACAAUCGCCGACUUCGCCUUCUGCGCCGACGAGCCCAUCGCCAGCCUCGUCCCCUUCCUCGAAAAGGGCGCCGGCUCCCUGGAUGCCUUCCAAGCCUCCGCAUCCACCCUCCCCGCCGGCAACGUUGCCAACGUCGCCACCGCCGACGACGGCGUCGUCUUCCGCUGGUUCCUCAACAACGGCGCCAUGAAAGUCGACUAUGAACAACCCACUUUGUUGUCCCUCGCCCAGGGCUCCAUCAGCAACAACUCCAUCUCCAACCCCGUCAUCCUCAACAAGAAGGGAUCAUGGUACUACUUCAUCAUCCAGAACCAGUUCUUCGCCUCCCACCCCAUGCACUUGCACGGCCACGACUUCUCCGUUCUCGGCCAGGGCACUACCUCGUGGAACCCCAGCUUGGUCAGCACACUGAACUUCGCCAACCCCAACCGUCGCGACACCGCCAUGCUCGUCGGCUCCGCCGGCCCCGGCGCUCCCCCAGGGUACACGGUCAUCGGCUUCCAGUCCGACAACCCGGGCGCGUGGCUCAUGCACUGCCACAUUGUGUGGCACGUUGACGGCGGAUUGGCCAUGCAGUGGGUUGAACGCCCCGAUGAUAUCCAUGCGCAGCAGUAUACCUCGAAGGAUGCGUUCCAGAAGGAGUGCAAGAAUGUGAAGAGCUACUUUGCGGGUGGUGGGCAGAAGGUCACGAGUGGGGAGAGUGGGUUGAAGGUCAGGAGCUACUUUGAUGAUAUGCUGGCCGCGCGGGGUGGGGAGAAUGUUGUUAGAAGGAGUGAGGGGGGUGCUAAGAGGAGGUAUAUUGACCAGCAUCUCAAGCGGAACCACCACUUCUAA